AAAUCGUCCAAAGACUAAAAAGACAGACCUUAAGACACUGUAAUCAAUGGCGCAAACUAAUUCAGCCCAGACGAAAGGAAAAAACGAGUUUGUGGUCCCGCUUAAAACAAACAGUAGGUUUUUGUUAUCUUCUUAUGAAGCAAAAGUUUCUAAGACUGAGAUUCAGAGAUGUAACAACUAACUAUUUAGGUGAAAUAAAAUACAGAGUUCUUGCUUCUGAAGAAGAGAGGGAACUGGAAAAUCCUAAAGUAUUGAAGAAAUCAAAUGAAUUUGAGGAGGUCUUCUUUUGUGGUACUAAUCCAGCAGGAAAUUACAUCAUUCUAAAAAUCACAAGACGACAAAACCAGGCGACCGAAGUUCAACUACAUAUGAAGUAUGGAGAAAAUGGAUACUACCAACUUCCUUUCAAUCCAGAAUCCAACAAUUGUGCAAAGAAAGAUGAGUUUGAUACAGCGGGUGUUCACGUCAAAUGCUUAGAGCCACUUAGGAGGUGGAGAAUAGCUUACAACGGACUUUUAAGGAAGGUACAGUCAAGUAGACUUCCUGAAACUCAAGAGGACAUUCACGUUAGAUUUUCAUUUAUCUGGGCAGUAACAAGUUUACCUUUUGAUUUUAUGACGGAUAUGUGGCCUGAUCUGACGAGUGAAGCAGCUGCUCAAUCUUUCUGGAAAUUUCUAACUUGUGAUAAGAUUUCAGAUACUCUCGAUCGUUAUGAACAGUGGGGUCAGUGGAAAGGAAUAAUUAAUGUGGACGACCAAGGAGACGAAGAGUUGAUCCUGUGGGGCGUAAAGGCCAGGCAUUUUGGCAUAGAAGACUGGACACAAUAUGACCGAUACUUACGUAUGUACGGAUAUAUGGAGGAUGGUAUGGUGUUUAAUGUAGGCCUUCUCCCGAUUCCUGGACUAUCUACUCAUAUCCAUUGCGGCUAUAUUGUACUUCCAAGCCGAAAAGUGUGCCCUCUAGAAGACUGUGAUCUUUCUCUUCCAUCGUCUGCUGAGUUCAGUCAACAAUGGAUUGUUAAUUGUUGUGCAGAUGGGAAACGGUACCAGAUAAAAGUGAAACCAGGAGAUAUGAGUCUCAAAGAAUUCAAUGGUCCUCAGUGGGAGUAUUGCCAAUUUUUAAGAUCAGCAGUUUUAUCAAUAGAUGGUCAAACCGGUCAGGGCAUCGUGCAGCUUGGACAAAGAAACGAAACACCAAAAAGAGAAACAACGAGCAUGAAAAAACGUUUCUUAAUGGAAUCAGAUAUUAUCCAGAGCAAGAAAAUGCCUUUAGUGUUAGAUCUCACAGACAAGCUAUGUCAAAACAUUUCAGUAGCUGGAGGAAAAGGAACAUCGGUGGCAUGUUUGAUGCAGCUUAAAGAAGAAUGCUUGCAGUUCCAGGUUCCUGAGGGUUUUGUAUUGUCUACUGCCGCAUAUAAUCGUCAUUUAGCGAGUCAUCCGAUUUUAAGGCAAUGCAUUGGUGAUAUCCAAAAGGCCAUCAGUUCUCAAGAUACUGAGAUACUAAGAAAAGCAUGUGCCAGUGCCGUAACCGAAUUCCACAACACCGAUAUCGCAGUGGAUCUAAAAGAUGAAAUUACUAAAGUCUUGAAGAGGAUUUUUCGGAGACAUGUUGAUGAAUUAUGCUUAGCAGUUCGUUCCUCAGAUGUCUGCGAAGAUGGCUCCGAAAUUUCUGCAGCUGGACAGAUGGAGACGAUUCUUGGAGUUAAAGGACUGACAGAAAUAUGGUCUUCAAUAAUCCAGUGCUGGGCAUCGUCUGUGGCAUUUAAAGUUGUUCAAUACAGGAGGCAGAAUGGUCAAGCAAUAGAGCCGAACAUGGCUGUGGUGAUUCAGGAAAUGGUGCCGUCCCAAGUGUCAGGGGUGAUGUUUACAGUUCAUCCGGUCACGGGACAUCCGUCGUUCAUCUCUCUCUCAGCUAAUUACGGACUUGGCGAGUCUGUGGUGUCAGCAGCCGCAGAACCAGACACCAUAACUUUGCGGAAAACGAAAGAAGGGGGUGUCGUUUUACACGAACAGCUGCUUGGGAAGAAGAAGAUAAAAUAUCAAAUAUCAGAGAAAGGUGGUACGCUUGAAAGUGAAGUUUCUCAGUCUGAUUCCGAGAAAUGUUGCCUCUCUACUGUAGAUAUAGAGAAACUUGGAAGGCUUGGAAUAUUAGUUGAGUCAGCUUUUGGAAGUGCACGAGACAUUGAAUGGGCUGUAAAUGAGGGCCAAGUAUAUCUACUACAAGCUCGUCCAGUGACACGAGAGGAUAAAGUGACGGAAUACGAGCUCGUCCAUGGACUAGAUGACGGGGUCAUUAUUGAAAAAGAAUUUUUUACCACAGCAAACGUUGGUGAGGUGUUCCCUGGAGCCACAUCACCCUUAACCUUAACUGGAGAAUUACGAGCAUUGGCGACUUCUUUCUUGCUAUACUUUCACCAAUGCCAGGGAUCGUGGCACCCCUUUCUGUCUCUAUUUCCUAAGGAAAUUAUCGUUUCGAACAACCGGACUAUAUUUAUUAUAGAAGAGGCUCUAAUGAGAGACUACGAGAAAGGUGAUUCGUCAUUGAGCAGGAUGUGGGAACUUGGAGUUUUCGGACGAUUGGUUGAGGAAAGGGAUCAGAUUCGAGAUCUGGCUGUUCACCGUUUUGGAUACAUGCCCAACUACGUCAAACAAAGGAUGCUCAUUUGUGUUAUUUGGGACUCGUUGUUCAUGGAUAUGACCUUGAGAACAAUAAAGAAAAAGAUUUUCAACUACACUAUUCCCGAAGAGAUGAAAUCAUCCUCUUGGAAGAUGUAUAACUAUGUUUCACGAAUCUUUACGAUCAUGUCAGAGGUAUGUAUGUCUCAUGCAAUGUCGACUACUGUGUCUUCAUUCUUUGACUCCGUAUUGUUCGGACAACUCCUGGAUCAGUAUCAAGAUAAUAUUGAAGAACUGAUUAAAGAUGUGUCAGUUCUUCUUUCUGUCGGUAACGGUGUGGAAAGUGCUGGAAUACCCUCGCAUAUUCAGGACUUGGCAACUGAGAUUCUAAACACUGGCGCAGCAACAAUGUUUACUUCCGUGAGUGUUGAGGAAGCUUUAAACUGGCUGCGUAAAGACCGAGGACGAGCUGGCACUACCUAUAAAAAUUUUAUUUCAACACACGGACAUCGAUGUUGGAAGGAGUUCGACGUCAUGAGUGCCACGUGGGAAGAAGAUCCAAGAAGUCUUGUUCAAACACUACAGAACCUGCUAAAAACAUCUGGAGAAAAGCGUGCAGCUAAAAUAAACAUGACAGUCGAUGAAGCCAUUCGGCAUACUAGAUACAAAUCUGGAUUUCUUGGAAGAUUCUAUUUUCGACGUGUUGUUUCGCUCGCCAGGUGGGCGGUUGUUAAAAGGGAGAAUAGCAAGUCUAUUUUGAUCAAGUCUGUUGAUCACUGUCGAAAAGCCUACCGAUAUUUGGAAAAAUUAAUGAUAAAAGAAGGAAGACUUCCGGAACGUGGACUUCUCUACUUCCUCACCCAUGAAGAGAUCGGUGAACUCUUGAGGACACGCUCGGCCCAUUUACUAUCAAUAGCUUCUAAAAGACGAAGAAUGCAUGCAAAAUUGGACACCAUGAUAUUUCCAGAAAUCAUGGUGGGUCAGCCCAAACCUAUCACAGCAGAGAGUUAUAUAACUGAUGAAAUAAACGCCGAGGAGCUAAGAGGUGUUACAGUGUGUCAAGGUGUUGUUAAAGGACCAGCUCGAGUUGUUUUACAGCUAGAAGAGGCUCAUUCCCUGCAGGCAGGUGACAUUCUCGUUACCUUCUCCACUGAUGUUGGAUGGUCCCCUUACUUUCCACUGCUGAGCGGUAUCGUAACUGAGAUAGGAGGCUUAAUUUCUCAUGGAGCUGUAGUAGCAAGAGAGUAUGGUUUACCUUCAAUUGUUGGUGUGCGUGGAGCGACUGCUGUGCUCAAGUCAGGAGAUAUUGUGGUUCUGGAUGCUACACGUGGUAUUCUGCAGAAAAUCAAAGACGUAGCACCAGAGUAAAUAAAUCAGAAGCUGGAUGCGAGCGAACGCAUGUCUUCCGUUUGGGUAAACAAUAACAAAUAUUAUAAAAUUUAUUGAUUCAGGUGUACCAGUUUUAUUUGAAAUAAACCUCAUGAUUAUGUUUUUAAAAUAUGUAAACAC